UAUAUACAAAUAUUUACACAAAUAUACAAAAACAUCGUAUAUAUCAACAGAGAGAAAAAAAAAAUCCUUUUUUUCUCUUUUUGCCUCCUUGAUCGGAGGGUCGUCGUGUUCCAUAUAUAAAGAUGGACGGUGGUUGUGAGACAACGGCGACGGCGACGAUGGAGGCAAGAGGGUUGAAGAAAGGGCCGUGGACGGCUACGGAGGAUGCGAUCUUGACGGAGUACGUUAGGAAACACGGUGAAGGUAAUUGGAACGCCGUGCAAAAGAACUCAGGUUUGCUCCGGUGUGGCAAAAGUUGCCGUCUACGGUGGGCUAAUCAUCUCCGGCCAAAUCUCAAGAAAGGAUCUUUUACUCCCGAUGAAGAAAAGAUCAUCAUCGAGCUUCACGCUAAGCUUGGUAACAAAUGGGCACGCAUGGCUUCUCAGUUACCAGGACGAACAGAUAACGAGAUUAAGAAUUAUUGGAACACAAGGAUGAAGAGAAGACAACGAGCUGGUUUGCCUUUAUACCCUCAUGAGAUUCAUCAGCAUCAUCAAGAGAUUGAUAAUGAUGAUGAUGAGUUUGAGUUUGAUUUGAGUUCCUUCCAGUUCCAAAACCAAGAUCUUCAUAGCCAACAAAAUAUGAUUCAAUACACUAAUUCUUCUAAUACUUCAUCAUCCUCCUCUUCCUUCUCUUCUUCCUCUUCUCAACCUUCCAAAAGGAUGCGUCCUGAUCCUUUAGCCGCCUCUACUAAUCCCGGCCUGAUGAACCCGAUCCCUGAUUCAUCAAUGAAUUUUCAAAUGUUCUCUCUUUACAACAAUAGCCUUGAUAAUGACAGUAACCAGUUUGGUUUCUCUCUUCCUUUGUCCUCAUCAUCCUCGUCCAACGAGUUAUGCAACCCCAACCACAGCAUCCUUGAGUUCAUCUCUGAGAAUUCGGACACAGACAAUAACAUUAAGAGAGAGAUUGAUGCUUUGAGUUAUAGUUCAUUGCUUAUGGGAGAUCUUGAGAUGAGACCGCGUUCUUUCCCUUUAGGACUAGACAACACCGUCCUAGAGCUUCCUUCAAACCAAAUACAUUCCCAUUCGUUCUCUUCUAAUCCUAUUCUCGACAAUGGUGUCCAUCUUGAGCCACCUGCGGGGAACAGUGGACUGCUUGAUGCCCUCUUGGAGGAGUCUCACGCCUUGUCUCGUGGCGGACUUUUCAAGGACGUUAGGGUUUCCUCAUCAAGUGAUCGAUGUAAAGUUCAAGACGAGAGGAUGAAGAUGGAGUUUGAGGAUCGGCUAACAAAUCAUCUAAACUCUUCUCAUCCAUCAUCAUUUGGAACAAACCCUAAUAUUCACAAGUACAAUGAGCCACCAAUGGUGAAAGCAACGGUGGAUGAUGAUGACGACGACUUAUUGAUGAGCCUUCUCAACAGCUUCCCUUCAACAACGACACCGUUGCCUGAUUGGUACCGGAUGACAGAGAUCCAAAACGAAGCCUCAUAUCUUGCACCACCGAGCGGAUCAAUUCUUAUGGGAAACUAUCAAGGUAGCAGCAGGGUGGAACCAGCCACGGUGCCACCUUCGUCCAGUGUAGAUCCCACGGCAUCGUUGGGAUCAUGCUAUUGGAGCAACAUGCCUAGAAUCUGUUAACUUGGAACCUCCUCCUCCUCAUGAGCAGAACAGAAUCAUUUCUUUGUUUUGGAAAGAGAAAGCUAAUUGUGUGCUUAAUUUGUCUUUGGUUGUGUAAAAUCUUUUUCAGAGUAUUCAAUUUGGGAUGUGCUAUGAACUUCAUGUUAACAUGCUUUCAAGGGGGCUAAAAAAAACAAAAAGAGAAAUAUAAAAGUGAUGAGACUGAGAUUUUACUUUCGCA